AUGCCGUCGGGCCACGGCCACGAUGGCCCGUGGCGCCGGGCGCAAGCGAGCCGGGCGGGCGCACGACCCGACGCCAUCAGCUACGACGUUGGACGGCCUAGCGUGUCCCGUUUCGAGCUGGACGCGGACGUCCUACAGUGGGCGGUCGUAAACAAUGACGCCUCGGGCGUGGCCUACUGGCGGCGUCACCCACUGGUCUGGCGUGACCCACUUGCUCCUGAGAUCCUCCACCAAUUCCUGGCGAAUGUCUGCAGAUUCGCUGCCGAAUAUGGCCACUGGGAUAUCGCACACCUGAUCAUCAGCGAGAUAAAGAAGGCCCCGCCGAUGACGGUGGAGGAUUUGAUCAGCUACAAGCGGAGGCCAGCACGUGCGAGAAGAACCCGAAGUGGCAGCGGGCAGUGGGGCGACCAGUGGUGCAACAAUGUCAUCCGCUACUACAGCAAGGGCGGAGACGGCAAGGGCUCUGGCCGAGACAACAGAGCGUGCGGCGAGCGCCUGGUCAACGUCGGGAACUUGUCCUACGAUGUUGACUGGUGCAUCUUGCAGGACCACCUGAAGCAGGCAGGCACGGUGGAAUACUGCAGAGUUACCACAGAGGACGGCACCGUCGACGGCAGAUCGAUGGGGCUCCUGUGGACGCUGGUCUUCUCCUUCCUGGAGCCCCUGCGGCCGCAGCUGAGCUCCGCCCAGGUGUCCAAGCUGCUCUUCGUGGUGCUCGCCCUGUCCGCCAGGCCGGAGCCAGACGUGGCCGCGGAGCUGGCCGGGUCCGCGCUGCCAGAUGCGCCUCAGCCCGAGGACGAGGAGAUCGAGGAUUCAGAGCAGCUCCAGCGUGCCCUCGCCUGCCUCAGCAGCGGCAUCGGCGACGGGCCCGCGGCCGCGGCCUCCGCUGCGUUCGCGCUGGACGACCUGGACGACGUCCCAGGGCCGCUGGCAGACGUCACAGUGGACCCCCGCGUGGCCCACCUGCCCCUCUUCGAGCACGCCUUCUCCGAGGUCCUGGAGCACCUCGAGGACAGCGGCUGCCUCGCGGGGGAGGACGAGGAGAAAAAGGAGAAUACCUCUGACCAGGAGGACUUUUUCCUUGGAGGUCUCGGGGAGGCCUCUGGAGUCUGA